AUGGCCGACGACGCCGACGACGACGCCAAGGCUGAGACGGACCUGCUCAAGAUGGAGUUCGUGGCCAUCGACGGCCGCUACCGUGCGCUGCCUCGCGGGACCUCGACCGAGAAAGGUGCGACGCUCGGCGACUACCACUCGCCGCUGCCCGACGGCUGGCAGCACAAGGAGAGCUCGUCGCACCCGGGCAAGUUCUACUACAUCCAGCCGUCCGGCGGCGCGGUGUGGGUCCCGCCGCUCGUGCGCACGGGCCACCUCUACGCGUGGAAGCUGCUCAUCUACAUCGAGUUUGGCCCCGGCAAGCUCGGCAUGAACCUCCGUUCGAUCGUGCAGGGUCCCGACAUCCCAUGGCAGCAGUUCCAGGUCGAGAUCCACGCGCUCGUCAAGCUUGCGAGCGGCCUCCCAAGCCCUGCCGAGAUGUACAACUGGAGCGUCAAGCCCGAUCGGCGCAUCUACCCUGGCUUCCGCAUGGUCGAGAUCCAAGGCACGUCCAUUGCCGGCUACUCGUACAACGAAGUUAUCGAGAAGAUCAGCCAGACGCCGCGGCCCGUCACGAUCGGCUUUUGCGACAUUAGCCGCGGCCUCAAAGGAGACCCGGCCGACGACGAAGAAGACGAGACGGAGCUCGACCCGGAAGAAGAGAACAAGCUGCGGCUGCGUGCGAUCGAGUCGGAGCACAUGAAGACGCUCGUGGUCACACAGUUGCACAAGGAGGUGUGGUCCAUGGACACCAACCGCCUCCUCUUCGACGAAGCCACUUCCAUCGCCAAGGGCCGCGUCCUCGAGAGAGAGAUGAAGGUCCUCCAGAUGGUCUCAGCCAACUAUGCAAGCGAGAUCGACCGCCUCGUGCCCGAGAAGGAGAUGCUCCAAACCCACCUCGACCAGCUCGAGCUCGAGCGCCGCCAUACGAUCCUGCCGGCGGAAAUCACCAAGUGCCAGAGCCUCACGGCGCGCCAACAACAGCUACUGGACACGAUCGCGCAGCUCGGCGUCGAGAACAAGCAGCUCCAAGACACGUUCGCCGAGCGCACGGCGCUGCUCGAUCGCAUGUACGUAGAGCUCGAGGACGACGUCGCGACGCCCGAGCGCAUGUCGAGCAGCCAGCUUCUGGACGAGUACAACAUCACGGGCCCGCCUUUGCAGAAGGUCGACUACUGCAACAUGCUCUACUUCCAGCUCCAAGAAGCGCUCCAAGUCGAGCAGGACAAGGCCAAGCUCGCCCAAGAGGAGGUCAACCAGCUCUCGCGGCACCUCGACGCCAUGAACAGUCGCGAGAGCGCUGUUGCCCUCGCAGCCGCGUCCUCGGACGCGAUCCUCGGCACGUCCAGCAACGAGAGCUCGAUCCGCGACCUUGAGAUGAAGCUCGAGUGGCUCCGGCACCAAAUGCACAAGACGGUGGCGGCGCUCGCCAAGGCCGAGAAGCGCGGCAACGAGAAGAUGGCGAAAGCUGGCUUGCGCCGGCGCAAUCUGCUCAAGUCCGAGAUCCAAGUCGUCCACGACGAACUCGCCUCGAAGCGGUCGGCCCGCGGCACGCAGCUCUCUUGCUCGACCGAGGUCGACCUCCUCGAGCGCAAGACGUCGUAUUUGCGCACUGCUUUGCGAGAGACGGUCGACGCGAUCGCCAAGACGACGGUCAACGACGACCGCGCCAUGUACCUCGCCCGCAAAGCUUUCUUGAAGAAGGAGCUGCAGACAACGGGCGAGCGCAUGCAGGAGGUCGUCCACAUGGAAGCGCUCGGCGGACGUCGCAGCAGCAAUAUCCUUGGGUCGCCACUCAAAGCUCUCGCCAGGAAAAGCCUUACGUUCGAUGACGACGACGACGAGUACGACGCCAACGACUUUCGCACGUCGGCGUUCGUCGAUUCGCCCGACCUCCCCGGCACGCCCGUCGAGUUUGCCGAGAGCUUGUCGCCAGUGUCCGAGUCGCCGCCGAUGCCCGCGCAGGUGCCUCGUGUCGUGCCUCCGCCUCUCGCUCUUGACCCUUCGCCACCGACACCACCGACACUCAAGAUGCCACCGACGCCGCCGACGCCCAAGAUGCCACCGACACCGCCCGCACCGUUUUUGCCAUUGCCAACGUACACGGCGCCAGCGGCCGCGGUCGCGACCCCGCCGAUGGUGCAAGCACCUGCGUCGCCCGACCACCGCUUUGCAGCGCAACUUACGGAAGCGCUUUCGGUGGUCCGAGACUCGCAGCGGCUCUCGCUAAACUCGCUGCACGACGAGCAACCGACGACUACGACCACGACGGCGGACGUCGACCGGAUCACCGAGUCCAUCCGGUCGCUCCACGACAACGACGUCGACACGGACAACGAGAGCGAGAACGACGACGACGUGUCAGCGGCGAGGAGACUCGAGCAGCUCAAGAAGGAGCUCCGCAUCGUGUCAGCGCAGCUCGCAAGUACGCCGAGGUCCCAGUCCCACGUCAUCUCCAAGCUGCACCGCGAUCGGACGCGCCUCAAGGCCGCGGUCGCCCAAGCCCAAGACCAAGUGCUUGUGGAUAACCUCCAGCAACAACUGCGUGCUGCAAUGGCGCAGGCCACACAGGCCGCGUCCCAAGGCGACCGUGCCCGCGAGAUCCACUACAAGCGCAAGGCCGCUGAGCUUCAGACAGAGCUCACCGCCGCGACGGACCGACUCGUCCACGCUGCCAAGCCGACGCCGUCGCUCGACGACCUCAAGAACGACUUGCGGGCCGUCGUCAAGCGCAUUGCAGAGACACCGCCGAAUGGCCGUGCGAUGGACGAGCUCCUCGCUCAAAAGCACGAACUCAAGAAGGCAAUCGUGGCCAAGCAGCAAGAGAUUCUGAAGGAACGGGCCAAGCGUGACGAAGGGCUCUCGCUCGAUGAGCUCAAGACGCAGCUCAAGCAAGUGGUCGUGGCGAUGACCAAGGACCCGGACAACAUUAUGCUCCAGCAGCGCCGCAAGCACAUCAAGCAGCGCAUCGCCAAGCUUCAAGAUCGACAGCACAGCAGCAGUGCCAGCAGCAAUGGCCUCCGGUCCGAAAGUAGCAGCAACGACUCGGCGCCGCACGACUACCUACAGCAGCGAGCGCACAUGAACUCGACGGAACUUCUCGUGGGUGACAUGGACCGCGCACGCUUCAACGCGACGGAGCUGCUCGUUCGCCCUGACGUCGACGCGCGCCGACUCAACCACACGGAGCUGCACGUCGAUGCCCGGCGGCGGUUUGGGGGCACGGAACUGCACUCGGGCAGCUCCUCGAUGAGCUCCGAGAGCAAGCGCCGGUCCAACUCGGUCGAAGGACGCGGCGUCUCGAGCCACAGCAGCAUCAGCAUCAGCAGCAGUAACAGCAGCAACGACAUGCGCUUGCACGACCCAGCCGACUACGCGUCCUUGUCCCUCGACCAGCUCGAGCAUGAACUCCUGGUCGUGAAGGAAGCCACGCGGGCACCAGAUCUGGAUGGGUUGACAAAGGACCGGUACCGACGACAACUCUCGGAGCUCAACGCGCGCAUUGCCCGCGCUGAAGCCGACGCCAAGCGCGGCAGCUCUGUCUUGCGCUCGGAGCUCGCGGAGCUCAAGCAGCAGCUCAAGGCUGUCGGUGUGCGGCUCGAAGAGACAACGCACGAAAAGACGUUCCGUGCGCUACUUCAGAAGCGCGCCGACCUCAAGGGAAAGAUCGCGCGCCUCGAGCAGCAGCUGGUGCCCGAAAUGCCGCCGGCGCCCGCGCCGCUGCACCCGAAUGCAUCGCCGGCCGAGAUUACCAUGUACAUCUCUGGGCGCAAACAUGAGCUGCGCGACGUGGUGCAAAAGCUCAUGAAGACGACCCAAGAUAAGGACAGCGUGAGCAGCAGCCACUACAUGGCCCGGCGAAAAGAGCUCAAGCAGGCAAUCCUUACAGCGCAGGAGGCCCUGCAGCGGACAUCCGCAGUCACGACAGUAUCUACCGACGCGCCGACGUCACGCGCGCCAAGCGAAGCGACGCCCGAGACGAUGGACGCGCCAGCUGUCGAGAAGCACAUUGCGGGGCUCAAGCAGGAGCUGCGCGAGAUUGUAUCGGCGGUCGCCCAGCCCACAGCGUCGACGGCUCAGAAGCCCGAGCUCCUGCGCCGCCGCAGCGUCGUCAAGGAGCACCUCGCUGCCGCGCAAGACCACUUGGCGCAGAUCACGUCGCCCGACGUUGAGAAGGCCAAGCACGAGAUCGCCGUCGUGCAGCAGUACAUUGCGUCCCUCCAAGACGACCUCGCUGCCGUCCUCGCCAAGAUCAACUCGAAAGCGCCAGCUGAUUUGGCCAAGUCGUCGCUCUACAUGAUGCGGCGCAACGACCUCAAGAACAACCUGAGCUUUGCCCAGGACCAGCUCGUGGAGCUGACACAAAACCUCAAAGCAGCGCUGGCAAAGGCGCGGCCGAUCCGGUCAUCCACGGCCUCGUCCGACAAGCGCGACUCGUCCAAGGCCGAGAUCUUCGACGAGCCGAUUCCGCUCUCGAGCGAGGACCACGUGCGCAUGACGCAGACGUACAACGCGCCAAUCCCGAUGCAGACGGGAUACCUCGAGCUCGAGCCGCUCUCGCUCAAGCUCUUCCGCAAGGGCAAGGUCGUCUGGUGCAGCAUCGAGGCCAGCGGCUGUCUCUGCUGGUACAAGAGCCAGCGCGACCUCAAGCACGUGCGGGGCUUCGUCGACUUGGCCAAAACCUCGGCGCGCAACGUCUUUGUCAACUACGCACGCGGCAACACGUUCGACGUGCACGUUGUGAGCCCCGGCUUGCUCGCCAACACGGAAGAAGUCUCGCGCUUCAUUGCGCCGUCCACCGCCGAAGCUCAAAAGUGGGUGCGCGCCAUCAACGACACGAUCAAGGUCCUCGAGACCGCAACGCCGAUGAGCGCCGACGGCUAUGGCCGCAACUCGGUCGUCUUCUAA